AUGAUCAGACUCGCGCAGCUUUUGAUAAUUUUUAUAAAAGAGACAGAAUUCGUGAAUGCACAGAAACCAAAACCUCUUAAAGAGUACGUCUGCAAAGACAAGCUCCCACCUGGAGAAUGCGAAAAAUUCAAAGACCUUUGCAAGCUAACUCUUCAUUCAUACAACUGCCAGAAAACUUGUGGCCUCUGUGAAGGCGACCCGCUGCGUCCUAUCAACACUGUUGGUAUUUGCUACAGAGACUCUCCUUGUAACGAGGAUGGAACGGACGGCGGCAAUGCUGAUGGAUGUAUUCUGACAGAAGAGUAUCCAUUUUUCAGGUGCAAAUGCAAACAGUACUACGAUGGCUGGAGAUGUCAGUGGUACAAUUGUCCAUGCCAAAAUGGUGGGAACUGUCUUGAAUGCCAAGAAAUAAACGGCGUCGCUUGCCGAGAUAAUCCCGUCUGCACUUGUCAGAAAGGCUUCAAGGGCAAAUUUUGCGAGAUAAAAAUCGAGAACUUCUAUCCGAUCGCUUAUGGUCCCUGGAGUGAGUGGUCCAUUCCUGAUUGCACUGGAAACGAUGGUAAGACAUCAACGAGGAAACGAUGGUGCACUGACGGAUCGACUUUCAAAAACCCAAAAUGUUGCCAGGGCAGAGAAUCAUUCUGCAAAACAACUGAAAACACAGCAGAAGUUGAGACGAAAAUCUGUCCUGUCAACGCGUACUGGUCGAAGUGGAGUGAGUGGGCUGGAUGCACAGGGCAAAAAUAUGAAGUCAGACGGCGGAAAUGCGUCGCUGGCAAAGCUGGAGUUUCACCUGGCUGCACUGGAACACCCCAAAGAAAAGAACGAAGACUUUGCCCAAAAAUAGGUUCCAGAUCCGGCGGUUUCACGCCAUUCGACAAAGUCACUGAAGCUCCUGAGAAAACAACUUACCCGAUGCAAAACGACGUUGGACUUUCCUUGCCAACCGAGGAGCCAGAAAUUCAAGAGACAACCACUCAUUUCGGGGUUCCUUUAGGAAUAACAAAAGAUCCAAGAAUGGUCAGAGCGAUGAAGAAUAAACCAGUGGCACCAUUGCCACCUCAAUCUGAGCCACUAAACCCGAUGAACUUCAUGGGCGGAGGAAUGCAAAUGCCAAUGACGGUCAACGGCUCAGGGGUAAACGCGCACUUCUAUUUCCAGUGCUUCCCGCAGUGUCUCGGAAACAAGAAGCCAUUCCUCUGCAUAGUUCCUCAAUGGUGCGCAGCAAAUUAUGACGGGCAAAGAUCUUUUUGGAUGUGGUAA